UUUGGUUGAUUGUGUCCUCCGACCAUCAAUGCUGUGGCUGGUGAGAGUACUAUAUAGUAGUCUGAUGCUUGAUAAUAUAUAGUGGUACUAUGCCCGUGGGUAGUAUGUGAUAUAUGCAAGCCACCCAUCCCAGAUUUUGCUGUGUAGUCCUUCCGCGACUGAAACCACAAUCAGCCAUAUUCAGUCGGCUGAAGUGUGAGCUACCGGUGGUAUAUGCCCAUGAGCCGUUGUUCCUGCCAUGCCUUUCGGACCUGCCGUGGUUGUUUGUUCACCCCGAUAGACCUAGGACGUCCAAUCUGUUCCCCUGCUCCCCGCUUCCGCAUCCCAUAUUCACCGCAUUUAUAAUGUCCAUAGUGAUAUCAUCGUCUGUCCUGGUGACCAGUGUUUCACAUGUCUAUCACCCCAGGGCUUGGUGCCAUUAAUAUCUCUUCCUUGACACCACCGGAUACUACUACUAUGAUAUAGCUACCUGCUUUAGUAGCGGGCGUGUGCCGAUCUGUUUACCAUAACAAUAACACGUG